GGUGGCGCCGGCGCUGUGACUCAGCACGUGGGGCCGCGCCUGGUGGCGGGGCGCAGAGCAGGCAGCGCGGCGCACCACGCGCACAGCGGCCGGCGGGAGCGGAGGCGGGCGCGGAUUUCUUUCGAAGGUGCUCUCUUAUGUAGAAAGCUUUGCUCAUCCCAACUGCCCUGAACAAAAGACUAAGAACAUACCUACCUGCCUGUCUGAAGGAAGUGCCUGAAGGAAGGCACUAAAGCUCUUUCUUAAGCAGAGAUCAUCAGUGCCAACAACAUGGAGGAUGUUGACAGCUUGCAGUUUCGUCAGCUGCUCCUGCUCAUUGAUGAAAAACUGGGGGCUGAGGAUGUAGCAGCAUUAAAAUUUCUCUGUACUGACUUGAUCCCCUUCAGAAAACUGGAAAGCGUGCAGUCAGCAAUGGACAUUUUUCAGCUUCUUAUGGAUGAAGAUUAUCUGAAUGAGAAAGAUACUUUCCUGCUAGCUGAACUGUUAUACAGAAUUAAAUACCACUCCCUGCUCAGUCUCCUGGGCUAUACCAAGGAGAAAGUGCAAGCAUGUCUGCGUGAGAAGGGAAAAGUGUCUGUGUACAGGCAGAUGCUGUAUGAAUUGUCAGAGAACAUUACCAAUGAGAUGUUGCAGGAAAUUGUAUUCUUCCUGAGAAACCAUCUUCCAAAGCGACACAGAACUAUUUCUGCUUUGGAGUUGCUGAUUUUAUUGGAAAAACAGGGUCUUUUAACUGAAAACAAUGUGCAGACACUGGAGGAAGUCUUUAGAAAUGUUUCACCUGAUCUCCUGGAAACAGUGAACUGCUACAGAAUGGCAAAUGUGUCUCUGUCUGAGCAGGAGAAUGCUCUUCCAGUCAAGGAAUCUUCACCAUCUUACGCUGUAGGCAUCAGAGUUUCCAGUUCCCCUCAGGAGACCUCAAUCAAAUUUGUCAGUUCCAAUAUCCGUGAUCAUUAUGUUGAAGAACCUGGGAGCCCAUGGGAAUCUGCUGGAAAUGUGAGCUCUGUACCUGGCAGGCAAGAUAACAGAGUGCCUAAUCUUACACAAGUCUUCUCUGAAACAAACCUGCAGCUGUCUGGAGGAUUCAGUGGUGUAGAAAAUGAAUCCAAGGUGUCAACUUACAAAAUGGAUGGGCCACAGAGAGGAAUUUGUCUUGUUAUUAAUAAUGUUAAAUUUGAUGGGAUUCUUCAAGAGAGAAAGGGUUCUUAUAAAGAUGCCUGGGAACUGGAGAAAGUAUUCAAAUGGCUUGGUCUGGAUGUGAGGACUUACAAAAAUCAGACAUCUGAUCAGAUUAAAGAACUGAUGCAAGCAUGGCAGCGUUCAGAAGACCACAAGGAUAGGGACUGUUUUGUUUGUUGCAUUCUGUCUCAUGGAGAGUCAGGAGCAGUCUAUGGGAGAGAUGGGAAGCUUGUAUCAAUCCGCACUAUCAUGACCUACUUCACUGCCAAACAAUGUCCACAGUUGACUGAAAAACCCAAACUAUUCUUUAUCCAAGCAUGCCAGGGUAAAGAGAUACAGCGUCCUGUCUAUGUUGAAACUGAUGCACGAGUUCCUGACUUCUCUUCUGUACAACAGAGCAUUUCUCCUUCUGAAAGUAUUCCUGAAGAGGCUGAUUUCCUUCUAGGCAUGGCCACAAUUGAUGGAUAUGCUUCUUUCCGACAUGUUCAAGAGGGUACUUGGUAUAUUCAGGCCUUGUGCAGCAAGCUACAGUCGUUGGUACCGAGGGGUGAAGAUAUUUUGUCCAUCCUUACGGAAGUUAAUGAAGAUGUUAGCAAGCGUGUUGACCGUUGUGGGACAAGGAAGCAAAUGCCGCAGCCAGCAUAUACCUUAAGAAGAAAACUUAUAUUCCCAAUACCUAGAGACCCUCCUCCUUCACAGUGACAUUGAGACUUUUUUAAUACAUCCUUUUGUCAGUAUGUCUCUCUAAAUGCAAUUCACAACAUUUUUUAAGGUAGUUACUGACUCCUCAGGAACUGUUGGUGUCAAGGCAAGGCCUCUCUUUUUUUUUUUUUUUCUUCCAGAGAAACUUUGAAGCUGAGUUGGAAGAGAUGCAGUUAACACAAUCACUGUGCCAGCUAUUUACAUCAUCUGUAUAUUCAGAAUUUUCAAGGAUGGGAGAAGCAAGUUUCUAUGAUGUUAAGCAUUUUUAUCUAAAUAAGGAUGUUAACAGUCUGGUUUAGACUCAUAAAAUUUUAUUUUGCAUACUAAUAAUGCUUAAACCUACUUCUAAAACCAUAAGCUGUGUUCAUGGAGAAAGGCAAAGGUAGGAAUGAGGAAGAGAAAGUUCGAGUAGAAGGUGGAGGAGAAUUUUUUCUUUCAUUCCUAACUUAGAUCACUUAUAACUACUGAAAAUCACUUCAUUUUUUUUUUUUUUUUUUUUUUUGCUGUACACACUGAUACCCUCUAAUAGCUAACAUCAACUCGCAUACAGGAUGUUUCCAAGACUCAGUAUAGACAAAAUGCUACAGUAUUCCCUCUGUGAAACCUUGUUAACCCUCAUUUCCACAGGCAAGUUAGCGUGGAACAGCUGAGCACUACGAAAUGAUAAUAUUCAGCAUUGUAUCUGCAUACAUUGAUCAGUCUGAUUAACUGGAAACAUUAAAUUUUCUGAUUUCUUAUUUUAAGAUACAAAAUGCAUUCAUAUGGGACAGAAGGCUCUUUAUUAAGCUUCUAGCAGAGUAUGUUUUAGAGUUAACCAAAAUAAGGUGAUGUUAUUUUGUUAGAGGUGUUUACUAUGUGUAUCUGUGUCCUUCCUGUUUGUUGCUGAGUUUAAUUUAUACUUCUUUUUAAGAACAUGGGAGUGGGGGAAGAAAGUAGUAAUAAAAAUUUUGUACAGGGCUAAAGCUUA